UGGCUUCCAGCUUGCGUCCAGCUCCCAGGAACCUUCCAACGCCCUCAGCCUGUUUCCUGGGAACGGUGCAGGCCGCACGCCUCGCUUUGCCUCAGCCGGCCUGGCCCGCGAAAACGUUCUGACGCCCCUGGGGAACGCCCUCCAACGCGCGACACUGUCCGGGGAACGCUCUUAUCCCUCGUUGCCAACUGCAGAGCAGCGGCGGGGAGCAUGCAGGACUACGACGAGGUGACGUCCUUCCUGGGCGAGUGGGGCCUUUUCCAGCGCCUCAUCUUCUUCCUGCUCAGCGCCAGCAUCAUCCCCAACGGCUUCAACGGUAUGUCAGUCGUGUUCCUGGCGGGGACCCCGGAGCACCACUGUCGGGUGCCGGACACAGCGAACCUGAGCAGCGUGUGGCGCAACCACAGUCUCCCGCUGCAGCUGCAGGACGGCCGCGAGGUGCCUCACAGCUGCCGCCGCUACCGGCUCGCGACGAUCGUCAACUUCUCGGCGCUCGGGCUGGAGCCGGGGCGCGACGUGGACCUGGAGCAGGUGGAGCAGGAGGGCUGCCUGGAUGGCUGGGAGUUCAACCAGGACAUCUACCUGUCCACCAUCGUGACCGAGUGGAGUCUGGUGUGUGAGGAUGAUUGGAAGACACCCCUUACUACCUCCCUGUUCUUCGUAGGCGUGCUCCUCGGCUCCUUUGUGUCUGGGCAGCUGUCAGACAGGUUUGGCAGAAAGACCAUCCUCUUCACAACCAUGGCUGUGCAGACUAGCUUCAGUUUCCUGCAGAUUUUUUCCAUCAGCUGGGAGAUGUUCACCAUGUUAUUUGUCAUCGUCGGCAUGGGCCAGAUCUCCAACUAUGUGGUGGCCUUCAUACUAGGAACAGAAAUUCUUGGCAAGUCAGUUCGUAUUAUAUUCUCUACGUUAGGCGUGUGCACAUUUUUUGCAGUUGGCUACAUGCUGCUGCCGCUGUUUGCUUACUUCAUCAGAGACUGGCGGAUGCUUCUGCUGGCGCUGACGGUGCCGGGGGUGCUGUGCUUCCCGCUGUGGUGGUUUAUUCCUGAAUCUCCCCGGUGGCUGAUAGCCCAAAGAAGAUUUAGAGAAGCUGAAGAUAUCAUCCAAAAAGCUGCAAAAAUGAACAAUGUAGCUGCCCCAGUGGUGGUUUUUGAUCCUGUGGAGGAGCUAACCCCCGUGAAGCAGCAGAAAGUUUUCAUUCUGGACCUGUUCAGGACUCGGAAUAUUGGCACAAUAACAGUUAUGUCCUUGCUGGUAUGGAUGAUAACCUCAGUAGGUUACUUUGCUCUGUCUCUCAACACUCCUAAUUUACAUGGAGAUGCCUACCUGAACUGUUUCUUCUCUGCCUUGAUUGAAGUUCCAGCUUACAUUACAGCCUGGCUGCUACUUCGAACCCUACCCAGGCGUUAUGUCAUAGCUGGAGUACUGUUCUUGGGAGGAGGUGUGCUUCUUUUAAUUCAAUUAGUACCUGCAGAUUACAACUUCUUGUCCAUUGGUCUGGCCAUGUUAGGAAAAUUCGGGAUCACCUCUGCCUUCUCCAUGCUGUACGUCUUCACUGCAGAGCUUUAUCCAACCCUGGUCAGGAACAUGGCUGUGGGGGUCACAUCCAUGGCCUCCAGAGUGGGCAGCAUCAUUGCUCCCUACUUUGUUUACCUUGGUGCUUACAACAGAGUUCUGCCCUACAUCCUCAUGGGCAGCCUGACCGUCCUGAUUGGAAUCAUCACUCUUCUCCUCCCUGAAAGUUUUGGAAUGACUCUACCAGAGACCUUAGAGCAGAUGCAGAAAGUGAAAGGGUUCAGAUAUAGGAAAAAAACAAAAGAUUCAAUGGAGAAAGAAGAAAAUCCCAAAGUUCUAAUAACUUCAUUCUGAUAAAAUUCCCACCCUAUUUGGUGAACUGAAAAACAGAUCCUAAGACUAUGAAGACACUAAAGCCUUUCCUGAUGAAAUGGACUGACUAUGAAGAUUAACACUGAAAUGGACCUUGCUAUCAAGAAAUGCUUGUCAUAUGGCAAACUCUGGACCACGCUUACAGAUGAGCUCCUUAUUUUAAAAAACAAACCAUUUCCAGAAAGUCCUCCGUACUAAUUAAUUCGAUGAAAUGGGUUUGUAGGAUUUUUACAAAACGUGUUGGUCAAGGACUGGUAAAUCCAUAUAAAGAUUAACACGCAUUUCCACAUAUAUAUAGUAUCCAAUUUUUUUAAAAAGUCAUUGAAUUAACACAACUAUCAGGGUUGUGUGUGUGUGAGUGAGUAAACCAGCACGUUCAAAAUUACAGUAGUUUUUGAAGUGAACUCAUACACUGCUAUAGCCAAAUGAUUAUAAGGAGUAUUCCUGUCCAGGAAAUUUUAUAUACUCCUUUGAGAGGAAUUGAUGGCAGAUAUUAAUAGCAUUUUACAAGUGAAAUGCAGCAAGAGAUCAAGUAGCCUGGCUCAGAUGGCCUGUCAGCCUUUAAGAAGGGAACCAAGGCAGUUCCUAGCUACAAUUUCAGCAGCUAUGGCUCACAGCCUACUGAAUGGUCCACAUUUGUUUUGCUCUCUGUGAACACUUGACUAAACUUUCUGUUCACUAAGACUGGCUUAAGAGACCUUUUUUUUGGUAAAUAGAGAAUCAGGAAAACUGCAAACUAGUUAGAUUGGUAGAGGUGGUUUGUGUGCCCCAUAGCCAAGAGGGGUCAGCACCCAGGAAGAAGGCUGUCCAAGCCAAGAAUCUGGAGAGCCUUUUAAAACAGUUCUUUCCCUUAAUACAACCCUUCCUAAAUCUGGUAUGCAGUUGUAUCCUCUUCAACCAGGGGUGCAUCUGGUUCCAGGAAUGAGCAAGGUAAAAGGUAAAAGCCACUAAUGGGAUAAUGUAUUAGCAUAAACUCAGAAGAUGAGUGUCAGCUCUGUGUCUCACCACAUUUUAGGCAUGCUGACAUGAUAACAUAGCAAGAAGUUUGUCUUGGAGACCUGGGCAGCAUGCUUUCACCAAGGGCGGCUCCUCUUGGAGCAGCAUGUGACAAGCUACUGACCCUUUAACAUAUCAGUGCAAUGGUGCACCUGUAGAAUAGGCAGCCACUAGUUUUUAAUAUGCUGCUUGGUGGCAUCAUCUCCUAAAAUUAAUUAUCCCCAAAUGUAAAUAUUCACUAUCUAAAUAUUUUUCAAAGGAACCUUUGAUGUAACAUCUUGGUAAACAAUCCUUAUUUCUUUAAGAUCUUUAUCUGGAACUUUUCUGAUUAACUCAGAAUUUUUCUUUAUAUUGCCAUAUUUCUAACACAUAUUUUAUAUCCUACUGACACAUUGAUCCCACCUUUAGACUGUUACUUUAAAAUCCAGUAGAAUAUCUUAGAAUAGUUUAUGCUUUGUCAUUGGGGACUCAGGUGCACAGCUUCAUCCACCCAGCUCCUUUAUCUUCCCCAUUGACGCAGCCUGUCUAGAUCACCUUUCCACCUACCCUGCCAGACAGUAGCUGCCUGUCCUGCAAAGAGCAGGCCCUGCUGCCUUUCAGGAAGUGCUCCUUGAACUUCCUUCCCACCAGCAGCGACUGUUCACUCCGCUGUCCUCUUCUGGUACUUGUUACCUUCACUCAGUUGGGCUCUUGUCUAGUUGUCCCCCCUGACACACAACAUGUCUGUAAGCCUCCGGGAGGCCAGGGACCUCACUUUGCUUAUCUUUUUUAUCCCUUGCAGUGCUGCUUACUGUAGUGCUUUCUUGCAUGUAACAGGCAUUUGAGGAUAUUCAUUUUAAUUAACAUAGUUUGUAACACUAGCGUGGUGAAACUGUUAUGUUUGAAACAUAGACACUUGAAUUUUUAAACACCGAAGUAUAAAAUGCUCUUAAAGUUUUUUCUAAAUAUAAAAAGUAAGGAUGUGGACUUCCCUGGUAGUGCAGUGGUUAAGAAUCCACCUGCCAAUGCAGGGGACAUGGGUUCCAUCCCUGGUUCAGGAAGAUCUCACAUGCCGCAGAGCAACUAAGCCCAUGUACCACAACUACUGAGCCUGCACUCUAGAGCCUGCGAGCUACAACUACAGAGCCCACGUGCCACAACUACUGAAGGCUGUGCACCUAGAGCCCGUGCUCCACAACAAGAGAAGCCACUGCAAUGAGAAGCCUGCGCACCAAAACAAAGAGUAGCCCCCCGCUCACCGCAAAGAAAGCCUGCGCACAGCAAUGAAGACCCAACGCAGUCAAAAUUUUAAAAAAUUAAACUAAAUUUUAAAAAAAAGUAAGGAUGUGAUAAUUGGCUUUUACUGCUGUUUGUAUGGGUGUUUUAUAUUUUAUAAUAGUAAGAGAUGACUUUUUAAAAUCUGUUUAUAAAAAGGCAACAAGUAUACAAAUGAAUUACCUCUUUGGUAGGUCAAAGACCAAGUAGAUCAAUGCAUGCCAAAAUACUAUGCGAUUAAAUUCAAGAUAUAUUCCUGAUUUUUAAAAACUACUUUUAAAAUUAGGUCUACAAGGCAACUACCUGAACUUGCUUAUGAAUAUCAGUCUCAGACUGACAGCCAAUAUUACACUGCAUGUUAGAGUGUAACAUGAAACACUGGAAGCAUCCCAUUAACAGUAGUUUUAUGGAUCCAUGUUUUAACAUCUUUUCAACAUUUUUGGGUAAGUUUUAGUAACUAUAAUCAUAAUAUAAAAUAUAGAUAAGAAGUAAAACUAUUAGAAAAUAGACAAAAUUAUCAAUAUUACAAGGAACAUAUAAUGAUAUUCUAUUUUUUAAAUCCAAGAGAAUUAAUUAAAUCUAAUACCUAAGAGUUUCAAUUUAAGUGGAGUCAUAUAAGAAGUGUCCCUAAAUCAGCAACUUUUUAUGUACUAAAAAUAACCAGCUAGAAAAUAUACUGGAAAAAACCAGGUUCCGUUCCUAAUAGUCAUAAGAACAUAACAUACCUAGAAGUAAUCUCUAAACAGAUGUAUAAAACCUAAGUGAAAAAAUUGUUCCAUUUAAUUAAGAGUUGAGUGGAGACAUGCUGUUUUUUUUUUUGUUGUUGUUGUUUUUAUUUAUUAGUUUUUUAUUUUUGGCUGCGUUGGGUCUUCAUUGCUGCGCACCGGCUUUCUCUAGUUAGAGACAUGCCAUUCUUGAAUGUGUAGAAUGAAUUCUGUGAACCUGCAUUCUUACGAAAUUAAUUCACUAUUUUAGUAUAAUUAAAAUUAAUAUUUCAAUGACAUAUUUUAGGAACUUAAAAAAUAAUUCUAAAGGUCAUCUGAAAGAACAAAUAGGCAAGACCGUCUAAGAAAUUUUUGGAAAAGAAAAGUUGUAAGGUAAAAUAUUCCCUCAGAUUUAGAAAUACAAAGAUAAACAGGAAAGCCAGAAACAGACCCAAAUGUUUAUAAAAUUGUAACAUAUGAUAAAGUGUAUUACAAAUUAUCAAGAAAAGGAUAAAUUUUUCAAAACUAGUGCUGGGACAAUUGAUAAGCUAGGGAAAAAUAGCAUCUCACCAUAAAAAACAUACCAAGGGCUUCCCUGGUGGCGCAGUGGUUGAGAAUCUGCCUGCCAAUGCAGGGGACACGGCUUCGAGCCCUGGUCUGGGAAGAUCCCACAUGCCGCGGAGCAACUAGGCCCGUGAGCCACAACUACUGAGCCUGGGUCUCUGGAGCCUGUGCUCCGCAACAAGAGAGGCCGCAACAGUGAGAGGCCCGCGCACCGCGAUAAGGAGUGGCCCCCGCUCGCCGCAACUAGAGAAAGCCCUCGCACAGAAAUGAAGACCCAACACAGCCAAAAAAAUAAAUAAAUAAAAAUAAAUUUAAAAAAAACAAAAACACAUACCAAAUUCUAAAUGGAUUAAAGAUUCAAAAGUAAUAAAUAAAUAGAUAAAUAAGCUGAAAGAAAAUACAGGUGAUUGUUUAAUCUAAGGAUGGAUAGGGAAUUAAAGAUAAGGUAAAAUAGCUUUUGCUAUAAACUUUAAAAAAUUUCUGUACACCAAAAAUCUUAAAAUUAACACAAAUUGGAAAAAUAUUAACAAAAAUAUAUUGGACACAGCAUCCUUUCUGUUUAUGCAUCAAUUUAAAAGUACCAGCUAAUACUCCAGUUAAAGCAAAUAGUAAGACGGUUAAGUGCAUCUUUGGAGACCAUUGUUCCUGGGCCUAAUUCUGGGUCUGUCAUUUAUCAGCUGUGUAGCCUUGAGCAAGUUAUACAGGCAUACCUUGUUUUAUUGUGCUUUGCUUUAUUUGUGCUUCACUGAUACUGCAUUUUUUACAAAUUGAGGUUUGUGGCAACCUUGCAUUUUUGGAUGAUGUUUAGCAUUUUUUAG